AUGAGCAUUUUCUCUGGCUCCUACUGUACCUUUUUGACUCAUAAAACCUUCAAAAGUAAAAUAAUGGCAAGCUCUCGCCUUGCAAGGUUUGUCACUGAGGUUGCACCAUCAAAAUUUGUUGGUGUCAUGAGGCACCACCGAGCUUCAAAGAUGUUAGAUACAAUAAAUGAAGACGAGAGGGAAUUUAGCACAAACGAUUCUCUUACUUUGGCUCCAAAGAGUUCAGCCUCAUCAACUUCAUCUUCAUCUUCGAAGGAAAGUACUUGCAAGCACUUUCUCAUUGAUGUUCAAAGAUCUUACUCAAUCUUGGGCAACUAA